AUGCAAAAGCUACUUGAAAGUGUUGAUGUUUUAGCCAUAUCAGAACAUUGGUUAUACGCCGAUGAGCUUACUAUAUUAGACAAUUUACAUAACGAUUUUUUGUAUUAUGCAAAGACAAGCGAACAAAAUAAUAUGAACACAAGAUGGAAGCGAGGUCAGGGGGGCGUCGCGAUUGUUUGGAAAAAACAUCUCAAGGCACAACGAUUAUUACUCGGAAAUGAUAGGAUCGUAGCAAUUAAAUUUCGAAUGAAUAAUCAGAAUUAUGUUUUCUGUAGUAUCUAUUUUCCAUCAACGAACAGUAACUUGGCUGAUUUUAUCGACACUCUAACUUGCCUUAAUGCAGUGUGCACUCAAUUAAGUUACAGAGAAGAGCAAAUCAUUAUUGCAGGCGAUUUUAACGUACAUGUAUCGGAUCCACGUUCAGGUCAACGUGAAAAUAAUAGAGGAAAACUACUCCUUGAAAUGUUUGCUGAAUUUGACAUGUUUCCAGUUAACGUGGAUAUGCCCUGUAUGGGUCCGCUAUUCACGUAUUACUCAAGUUGUGGUAACAGUGUUGUUGAUUACAUUUUUGCGAGUAAGAACAUCGAAAGAAUUGUAAAGUGUGUUAAAGUUGGCGACGAACAUCCGUGCAAUUUAUCUUAUCAUCUGCCGUUGAUUGCUGGCAUUGAAAUUUCUGCUGGUAUAAACUGCCAUGAAUCAUCUAAUAAUUUAGAAAACGAGUAUGAACGAAUUGCGUGGAGAAAAUGUGCUUCGGAACAAGUACUAGAAUAUCAAAGGAGAUUAAAUGAUACAAUCACAACAAUGGAUGAUACCUUAUACACCAGUGAUGACGUUGAGAACUAUUAUCGUUUGAUCUGUCGCAGCAUAAAAAGCAGCGACAAAUGUCUACCUCGUGCGAAGUAUAAGAAGUCCAUCAAGCCCUACUGGAAUAAUGAACUCAAGCGAUUAAAGACAGCUUGCAUGGAGCUUCAUAAGAAAUGGACCUCAGAAGGACGUCCAAGAGGAGAACAGUAUGAAAGUUUUCGGUUAUACAAAGAUGCAAAGCGUCUGUUCAGGAAGGAACAACGUAAAAUGGUACGAAAAACAGAGGAGAAUGAUUUCAAAGAGCUUAGUGAGGCUUCCGAGAUCGAUCACAUCAGGUUUUGGAAAUAUGUAAACCGACGUAGAAAGAAGAAAAGAUCAACUAAUGUGCUCACAACGAAUGAUGGAAGAACUAUCUCAAACCCAGAAGAAAUAGCAGAUGUGUGGGCUAAUUACUAUGAAAAACUUUUAACUCCUGAGGAAAAUACAAAUUUUGAUGAUGACUUCAGGGAGUAUAUCGAUAUCGAGGUUAGUGACAUAACAAAAAACUCCUUAGCUGAAUUUGAUGAUAUCUUUCAGGAUCCCAUAACUUUAAAAGAGAUCGAGGAUGUGCUAACAGAAUUACCAAAUAAUAAAGCUCCCGGUGAUGAUGGCAUAACGUAUGAACAUAUUAAGUACUCUGGGGAUAUUCUGGCUGCCAAGCUGUUGAUACUUUAUAAUAAGAUCAUUGAAUUGGAGUACAUCCCAAGACAAUUUAAGUUAGGAAUCAAAAUUCCAAUUCCAAAGGGAGGGAAGAGCUGUGCAUCAAAAUUCGAUGAUCACAGAGGAAUUACUCUUCUUUGUACUUUUAACAAAAUUUUCGAACGUUUAGUACUCAACAGGCUUCAAAAUAAAAUAAGAUGUCGACCCCACCCGCUUCAAGGGGCCUACCAAGCUGAGCGUGACGCCUUGACGACUUCAUUUGUUAUUGACGAGUCAACUAAGCAUUGUUGCGAGGAAAACGAUAAAGUAUUUGCCUGCUAUGUUGAUGUCUCAAAGGCAUUUGAUAAAGUAUGGAUAAAUGGUAUGUUGUUUAAAUUAUAUCACAACGUAAAUAUUAGAGGAAAGUGCUGGAGGCUAAUAAAAGGUUGGUACUCAGACAUGGAGGAAUAUGUCUUUUAUAAUGGUAAACGUUCCAGACAGUAUGAUAUCUUACAGGGGGUUCGACAAGGUGGGGGUAUUAUCGCCAUGGCUAUUUCUUCUCUUCAUUGAUGACAUGAUAAGCGAGCUGGAAAAGCUAUCCACUGGUAUAGUUAUUCAAAAUUUGUUUGUUGGAUCACCAAUGUUUGCUGACGAUCUUACGCUUAUGUCAAGAUUAAAACGAGGUCUUGAUAACAUGCUUGUACAAGUUCAUAACUAUAGCCUAAAAUGGAGACUUACUUUUAAUGAGAAAAAAACUGUUGUGCUGACCUUUGGCGAAAAACGAGAUAACAUAUCGGCAGUUACGAACAGAAGGUGGCUUAUAGGAGGUAAAGAAAUCAUGGAGAAAAGUAUCUGGCAUAAUCUUGGAAAAGAUUGGCACACCGACGUUGCCAGCCUUAUUCCAAUACUAGAGGCUGCGAAGAAAGGUCAGGCUAUCGGCAUUGGUUUAGCAAAUCUGGGAUGUAGAUUUAAUGGGAUGAAUCCAUUGGUGGCGACUAAGCUGUGGGCACGGAUUGCUCUGCCGAAAAUGUUGUACGGUGCUGAGUUGUGGACACUUAAUCGAGAAAAACUAUCAAAAUUGGAAAAGGUACAGAAUAUAUUUUUAAGAGUAUGUCUGGGUUUACUUAGUGGUACCUCGGGUUCAGCUGCACGUGGACUUCUUGGUCUCUGGACGGUCGGAGCAGAAAUAGACAAACGAAAGCUUCUGUUUCUCAGACGACUAAUAUGUGCAAGCGAGGACUAUGUACAUCGCAGGGUAUUCAUGAUACGACUUAAUAGAUGGAGAUGGAAUCCGAACAAAAUCACUGGUUUUGUACCAGAUUUAGUUAGAAUCUUACAGAAGUAUUGCUUGUGGGAGUAUAUGGACAAUUUUCUGCAGUCUGGAAAUUUUCCCAGCAAAUCUCAAUGGAAGAAAACAGUAAUUGAGAAUAUUAAUCAUGCGGAGAUUGAGUUUUGGAAGAUCAAAACGCAACGUUAUAAACAAUUAGGAUUAUACAGCCAAGUCGUAAAAGAACCAAUGCGUAACAUGUGGUUGCAGUUUGCUCUCGAAAGCAGCGAGAUGGCCAACCAAGUGGCAAUUAUUGUUAAAGUUCUUUGUGGGUCAUUCUAUGUGAAUGGUGUGCGAUUUGCUGGAGAAAAAACACAAUUUCAUUGUAUGUCUUGUGGUAACUACUACACAAAUCCUGUAAAACAUGCUAUGUUGCAUUGUUGUGAAACACAAUUAGCAAGAACAAAAUUAUGGGAACGUAUCACAGAUUUCUUUCCAGUGGAAUUCGUAGCAAACAUUAAUUCGUUAGAUGAGGACAAUUUGAUGCAGACGAUCUUUGGAAACAUGCAAUUCAUGGAGGGACAUAAUAAUAACCAAGUACAAAAUUUUUAUAUUAUAGUUGCUGAGUCUAUUUCAAAGAUAAUAACAAUAUCCAGUUACAUUGACAUUUAUUUGGAUUCAGAAGCUAUUUACUAG